AUGACUAAACUCUUUUCUAAGACUUUAACUAGGCUGAUCUCUUACAGUCACAGGUCUUCUUCUACUACUAGCAAUCUCUCUACUGCCCCACAAACUCCCGACCUUGAGAGCAAAUGGAUUAUUCCGGUUACACCACCUGCAAAGACGAGAGUAGGUUCAAUGUGGUUUUGGUACUUGGCUGGAUCUAUUACCUACGGUAUUGGGGUGGUGUAUAAGUCCCAACAAGCCAAGAAACAUGUGGAUUUCAGACUAAAAUGCUUGGAAACGAAACCAAGGAAGCUGAAUACAAUGACGAAUGUGGAUGAGUUAGGAUUCCAACGGGUUGUAUGCAAAGGCGUUUUCGAUGUGCAAAGAUCAAUCUAUGUCGGGCCUAAGCCUAGAUCCAUGUAUAAAGAUUCAGAAAUUGGCUUCUAUGUUAUCACACCUCUUUUGCCAAUCCCAAAUGAACCAAAUAGCGUGAAGUCCCCUAUUCUAGUAAACCGAGGAUGGGUUCCUUUGGACUGGAAAGAACCUUCUUUAGAAUCUCUAGGUACUUGUGUUGAUGUUGCUGCUGCGGAGAAUAAACUAAUAUCCUCUCAACAAAAUCUCUUAUCCAAGUUCUUGUCCAAGUUUAACAACCCAAUGAUUGCUAAGGACCAAGGCUCUAGGGCUAUGCAUGUGGAAGUGGUUGGUUUAGUAAGGAAAAAUGAAACUCCAGGGAUAUAUACUCUUGUCAAUUAUCCAAGGUCGCUUUCGUGGUUCUACCUUGAUGUUCCUAAACUGGCUCAAGCCAUGGGAUUUGGUGAGGACACGAUCUAUAUAGAGGAUACCCACAAUGAUUUGGAUAAAAGCAAACCUUAUCCAGUUCCGAGAGACGUUCAUAGCUUGAUUUUUAGUAAACAUUUACCACUGGGAUAUUACUACCACACAUUGUUAUGUUUUUGGAGCUCCCUGUUCUGCUUUGGCAAGGCCAAAUCCAUUCUUUUGGAAAAAUAUACAAAUUAUAAGGUUAAGCUAGAGUUGUUUCUACUUAUUUUGGUCAUUUAUAUAGCUACCAAAAUAUACAGUCUUCGUAGCCUAUUUAGUAAAAUAGACACAAUUGGUGUUGGGUGUGUGACUAAACUCGACUCAGGAAAAGCCAACGAACACAUCUACCAUAACCAGGAAGCCACAGAACAAACUAGCCAAGUCAAAGACAGCCCAUAA